CUUUCUCUGAAAAAAAAAAACCAAGAGAGUAAAAAGUGUAUCGAGUUCUCUGUAAUCUCCAUGAUUCCUCUCUAUUCUUAUCUGUUUCAGAGCUUUCUCCUCUAUUUGCAGCUCCCAGUUCAAUAAUCAAACCAUUUUAUUGAUCUUUUGUUUAUUUCUGUUGAACUUUGAGGUUGUUUUCGUAGAUUUGUGUCGAAUUUUUGGUGGUCGUCGCCGGAUCUUGCAAUCCGAACUCGAAGCGUGAAGAAAAUGACCUGAGUAGGGUUUCUUGAGGAUCAUGGGAUGGGUUUCGAUUGUUGCUGGGGUGAUCUGUUCGCUUCUGAUCUUGAUCGAUCGCGUGAGUGGGAUUGGCGCUAACUGGGGAACUCAGACGAGCCACCCACUGCCUCCUGAUACGGUGGUCCAGAUGCUCAAGGAGAACGGGUUUCAGAAGGUGAAGCUGUUCGAUGCUGAAGAGGGCACGAUGAAUGCCCUGAGGAAGAGUGGGCUGGAGGUCAUGGUCGGCAUCCCAAAUGACAUGCUGGCUGUGCUCGCAACUAGCAUGAACGCAGCAAACACCUGGGUCUCCACCAAUCUCUCAGCAUACAUCAAUGAUGGAGUCCAUAUCAGGUAUGUUGCAGUUGGAAAUGAACCUUUCUUGCAGACAUACAAUGGGAGCUUUCUGCAAACAACCUUUCCUGCACUUCAAAACAUCCAAGGAGCUCUCAUCAAAGCAGGGCUUAGCAACCAGGUCAAAGUCACCGUUCCCCUCAAUGCUGAUGUUUACAAUUCACCGAGUGGCCGACCUUCAGAUGGGGACUUCCGUUCUGACAUCCGUGACCUAAUGCUUACCAUUGUUAAGUUCCUUAGUGACAAUGCAGCGGUCUUCACUGUAAACAUCUAUCCUUUCAUCAGUCUUUACAGUGAUUCCAACUUCCCUGUGGACUAUGCAUUCUUUGAAGGAUCCUCCUCUGGUGUUGUUGAUGGCUCAGUCACCUACUCCAACAUGUUUGAUGCAAACCUUGAUACUCUCAUAUGGGCUUUGAAAAAGAAUGGCUUUGCAAAUCUCCCUGUGAUCGUUGGCGAGAUCGGUUGGCCGACAGAUGGUGAUGCAAAUGCAAAUAUUCAAUAUGCUCAAAGGUUCAACCAAGGAUUCAUGAACCACAUAUCAACAGGUCAAGGCACCCCAAUGCGACCCGAGCUGAUUGAUGCAUACCUUUUUAGUUUGAUCGACGAGGAUGAGAAGAGCAUCCAACCGGGAAACUUUGAGCGGCAUUGGGGACUCUAUACUUAUGAUGGGUGGCCAAAAUACCAACUGAAUCUCGGGACAACUAAAACAGGUUCAUUAGUUCGAGCUAAGAAUAUUCAGUACCUGGACAAGACGUGGUGCGUUUUAAAGCCUUCCGUGAACCUUGAUAACUCAAAGCUUGCAGCAACUAUCAGCUAUGCAUGUGCCAAUGCAGACUGCACAAGCCUUGGAUACAAGACCUCGUGUGGUGAUCUGGAUGUGCAAGGGAACAUUUCGUAUGCAUUCAACAGUUACUAUCAGAAGAAUGACCAGGAUGAUGUGGCUUGUGGUUUUGAGAACCUCGCAACAACCACAAACAAAGACCCUUCAACUGGCACUUGCAGGUUUGGGAUAAUGAUUAUUGCUGAUUCUGGGAUCUCACGGCAAAUCGAAUAUCAUGGAGCUAGUUUAUUGUCUUCAGUCCUGUUGCUGUUUCUCACCCUAUGACAUCUACAUUCUCAACUCUUAUGCAUGGUACUUUAAAUUUGCUCCAGUGCUUUCAUGACUGGUUUCUUCUGUCAUUGUCUCUAUCAGUAAUAUCAUCCACUUCAUCUGUUGCUGUUC